CUCGUCUGCGGCUGUCAAGGCCGAGUAGAGCUCAAUCUAGACCUCUUUCUUGAAUCAUGUCGACUGCGUUUUCCCUGCGUCGAUCCUGCCAAGGAUGCGCCAAAUCCAAGCGGCGCUGCGACAUGGCGGCCCCCACGUGCAGCCGGUGUGCCGCCAAGGGCCUCACCUGCGAAUACGUCAACGCCCCCCUGGUCGGGGGCAAGGUGUCGUCGUCCGCCGCUGCCGUCGUUGGCUCGUCGCAGAUCCGCCCGCCGCUCCGCCUCGAGAUCAUCAAGACACACAACCACGCCAUUAUCCGCUUCCUGGUCGGCGAGUUCCGUGACUUUCCCCUCAUCUUCAGCCAGCACAUGAAGACGCACUUCAUCCAUCCGACGCUGUACGAGGGUGGUCUCCCGCCGCCGAUCCGCUCCAUCCACGCCGUGUGCAAGCUGCACCAGGACGGCCGGCUGCCCGCGGGAGUAGUACUGUUCGACUUGCUGCGGCGCACGUCAACAGAGAUCCACCGGCAGACCAAACAUGCGGCAAAUUUCAAUGAGUUGCUGGCGUGCGUACAGGCGUUGAUUCUUGCGCAGUGCGCCUUGAUCUUCGACGACAACGUUAGCAGCGACGAAUCAAGUGAAUACGCAGAGACAACCAACGAGCGGCUCGUCAGCCUGGCGCGACAGCUGUGGGCGCAGGCGCCCGUGCAGCUGUCGUCGACGCUGAGCCCGUAUCGCGCCUGGGUGUACGCCGAGAGCGUGCGACGGACGAUCAUCACCUGCUUCGUGUUGAGCAACGUGUACUCGCUGCGCAGACGGCAGUACGGCCUGCGCACCCCCUUCGUCGACGCCCUGCCCUUUGAUCUGCGCACCGCCCUCUGGGACGCCCCCUGUGCUGACAGCUGGCUCGCUGCCUCGGCCGGUCUGUUGCCCCAGGCUUCCACCAUGGUAUCGCUGCACGAGUAUACCGGUCUGCUCCUCGCUGGCCGGGUCCAUGGGCCCUCUCCCUUUGGCGGCCUGAUCCUUGCUGCAUGUAAAGGGGUGUCUUUGUCUCAAGUGCCGCAUCCUCCUGUUCGGGAUUAUUUUCUCUAGCGUUGUAGAUUGAUCUGAUGUACUGUACUACAUUAUAAAUU